UAAUAUUAAGCAUCAAAGUGUUAGCAAAGGUAUCAGAUUGCACUGACGUUGGCAGUAGUUAUUUGAAACAUUUAUCACUUUAAUGUGGCCAACAUAACAUGACAUGCACUUGAACUCUGUUCAUUUUAUUUGUUACAUUAUAUGAUAGUAAAAUGCGUUUAUAUUGUGCAUAAAUUUUGGUACAUCAUUUAAUGAUCAAGUUAGAGUUCAAGUAGUCUAGACUUAGGUAAUCAAAAGUGCAUACAUAUUACUUGUACAUUAUAUCUUUAAUUACAGAAGGUAUAACAAAAUUACUUCUAUGAAAGUUGUGUACUAGUGAGUCAAUAUGCUAAAGAAAAUACAUUUUUCUUUAUACUAUUAUCUCACUAAAUAUUCAAAUGUUGCGUUUGAGGUCGACACACGUUCUGUCUCAUUCAGAUGCUAUGCAAAACAUGACACACUGGGUGUGUCUUAGAAAAACGAUUUUAUUGCCUGAGCAAUUGAAGAUAUUAAACGCUUGUUUUUCUAUUUGAUUAUUUUAUAUAAUUGUGGCUUGAAUUUGAACAGUAUUCACAUUCUGCAGUUAGUGAAAGAUAACACAUUCCAGAAAUAUUUUAUUAAUCAGAACAAUAUGGUCGAUCCGGUGCCAAAGUACUCAUUAUUUAUUCGACGUGUGGUUUAACACCAGACGAAUACAUAUGUAAACGAAUAAGAAAGCUAGGAAGAGAAAUCAGAGUUUCUCAUUGAAUUAUAUCGGAACACGUGUUUAGCUUCAAGGCUAGCUGGUCCCAAACUUCUACAAUUCGGCAGGUCGACUUCGCAAAAAAUGUUAACGAUACUUCCAUCGAGUCUGUAUGAGUCGAAAUAGUAAUCUACGAAAUCAUUUUAUGUAAACAAAGGUUGGAUAUUUUUUAUUUGUAGAAGUUUAAAUUGGAAAAGAUUGUUUGCUGUAAUUUAUGUACAUUAGAACAGUUAAAUUGAAAGACCAGCUCAACACCUUAAUUAACACAAUAAAUUAAUUUUACUAGUCUAAGUAACUAUGACACUUACAGAAUUUUAUGCAAAUUGGAUGCAAUCUGUAUUUCGUUUUUAACAACCAGUUAAUUAUAAGAGUGAAGGCAAAGUUUGAUUGUAACUAUUAUGUAGAAGUAUAUUUAAUUUUACAACAAAGUUAAUGUUGAACCAAGUGUCGGAGAAAAUGACUGAUACGUUAUCUGUUUUCAUUAACAUUAUAUAUAAAAACAAGCUAAAUAGUAUUAACGUCUAGCUAAUGAGUCGCAAAUUACUCAAGUAAACGUAUUAUCAUUGAAGUAUUUGGAUAGUUUAACCUCACGUUCAAAUGUAAAUUUCCUCGAAUUUACUAACUCGCUUAAAAAUGACUGAUUUCGUAAAAUCUUAAGUCGGCGCGUAGAUGUUCCCCUGGUCAUUUUGAUCAACAAGUAAAGCCUCAUUGUACAAAAAACUUAAAAUCACCAUGUGCAAAUAUUCUAUACGAGUUCUGUAAAUCAAUUUUUAAUAUUUUACAUAAUAUUUAUUCUUUUAGCCAAUUUGAAAUAAUAUUAUCUGUUUGAGAUCAGAGUACAAGUUCAACAGAAGAGUUUAUAUAACAGUAGAUUUUUAAAGUAUAUUUGAAAUAUCCUUCUCUCCAGUAGUUUCAUGAUUACCCAUUGUAUCUCUUAUCAGAAAGUAUAUAUGAUGUUAGCAAACUUGAAUAAUCUUUGUAAGACUACCUUAUCGUUAUUACAUAAACAAAACGUUAGUUGAUGUAUUUAGGAUUCCGCUUUUGUAAAUAUUAUUAGUUGAUAUCAAUGGUACAUAUAUGUACAUGUCCGAUUUAAGAAUAUACAUGUCGUUAGUCCUUUAACUGUUGAAAGUGGGAAAAAAUGUUUGACUUAAACUUAAGAACCAGUUUUGUUGCAUGCUAAACUCCAAGGAUUUGGAUUGUAGACCUAAGUACGUCGUUGGGAAGGAUACUUGAGACUUCUAGAGAAGCGUAAUGCGAUUGAGUGAUGGAAAUAAGUCCCUGUUUACUGUAGAUAAACAUGAAUUGAAGAUUUUAAGUCCUAAAGGAUAAAGUAUAAGUCCCGUGUAUAUUUGGCACCUAUAAGUAGUUUGAAUGAGUUGAUUAUAUAUUCUUAUUUCCCUACUUUGAUGAAACUAGAACUGGACAUUCUAGAUUUACAGUUUCAAAAUUCUGUAAUUCCAAAUUUACAGAGUCCCAGAAUUCUAAAUUUCCAAAAUUUUAAAACUUAGUUAAAAUCCUAAACUUCUGAAGUUAUAAGGUUUUAGAUUUCAAAGUCUAAGUAUUCUAAAGUUACAAAAUUUCAAAGUUUUAAAACUUAUGAAAUCCCACACUUCUGAAGUUAUAAAGUUCUAGGUCCCAAAGUCUAAGGGUCCCAAAGUCUAAGGGUCCCAAAUUUUCGAAGUUAUAGGAUCCCAAAAUUGCAAGGUCUCAAAAUACUAAAAUUCCAGUUGCAAAAUGCUAGUCCUAAUACUUCCAAAAUCUCAGUACUAAAGUUUCACUUGAAAAGGUCCUUCUACCAAAGCCUCUUUCUAAACAUCUUAAAUUCCUAUAUCCGCAGCUUAAAUACCGCGCGUCGCCGACUCUACGGAUACGUUCCUAUUACCUAUAGGAAGCAUAGUACGAGUGAGUAAGCGGAUGGAAAUAUUCAUAUCACAAAAUGCGCAAUAUAACGCUGAUAAGGGAAAUGCGGUACCAUUCAGUAGAAUUUAUUGAAGUUAAUUGAUUGCUUAAUUUUUUUGCAGAUGGACAUAAACACAUCAAUAAAAAUACAGUGUGUUACAGUUACGAAAUACUGUUGAACGACGUGUUCCUCAGCCUGAUUAACAAUUGGAAAUUCCCCUGUGAUACUUGAUUCCUACGAUUUCACGAUAAAUUGUCUUGUGAAACCUAUCGACAUCGAAUCGAUGAAGAAACGUACUCGUAAUUACGUUCCAACCCUUUCCAUUUGCAUCACGACCAUCCUGUGAAUCGACUAAUUGCAUUUUUUUUGUUUCAUAGACUUCUUGUAUCUUACACUGUCGAUCUAGUUCGAAAAGAUAUUAAAAAUAUAAUUUUGUAAAUCAGGUUUAACUGAAGUGGGUAAAUCCAGAGAUAUUAAAAGAUUUUUAUUAUAUUUUUAGAGAUAUCAUCAUUAUUGAUUAGCAGUGAAUCAUUGAAGGAUUAUUCGUCAUAUUGUCAUACAUAUAAUUAAUUGGAUUUCGGCUUGAUACGAUUAUGAUAAAUAAUAAAGUCAACACGGCUUUAUUUUCACUCCAGACGCAUUUACAAUCAGCGUCGAGGGAGUUGGAGUAAGAUAACACCGGUCAAUUCCCGGUACACUCAGCACUUCAAUUAUUUGCAACCUCACUAGCGAAUCUGUGACAAUUAAGAGGACAGUUACACCACACUGACUUAAUGAAAUUAACCAGGCAGGUGCUUGGCGAGAAACUGUUUACAAAGCUUAUGAGGGCUACAUUCUACGGUCACUUUGUCGCCGGCGAAGACGAGGCGCAGAUCACUCCUGUCCUGGAUAGGUUACGACAAUUUGGUGUGAAACCUAUUCUUGAUUAUUCAGUUGAAGAAGAUAUCUCUCAGGAAGAGGCGGAACGACGUGAAAUGCAAGGUUCCGUGUCAGAAGCUGGAGAUGAGAAAAGGGAAGGACCCCUGAAGAAGUACCAUGUAGCAAAACCGUUCGCUGAUCGUCGAUACAAAGUAUCUUCAGCAAGAACUUAUUUUUACCUAAACGAAGCUAAUUGUGAACGUAACAUGGACAUUUUUAUUAAAUGCCUAGAGUCUGUAGCUGCGGCUUCAAUGGGAGUUGGUAUUACGGCCAUUAAAUUAACAGCUCUUGGUCGUCCACAACUUUUACUUCAAUUAUCAGAAGUAAUUAUGCGAGCAAGACAAUACAUGUCGGACGUAGUUGGCGGUGAAGGUGCAGUUUUGACCCAUCAUGCGAAACCGGAUGAUUUUAUGAAGAAGUUCGAAGAAGCACACAUCAAAGAUGCGGCACCAGUACAAAAGUUUCUUCAAAAAAUUCAGUCGGAUAAGGAGGGUGUUAUACAUUUAUUCCCAUGGAGUGGGAUUUUGGAUGAGAAUUAUGAACUCAGCGAGACGUUUCAAGUACCCGAUAUUAAGACUGGUAAAAUGGUGAGGCUCAUGUCGCAGUUAACCUCGAAAGAAGAAGAAAUGUUCAGGAACAUGAUAAGGCGUCUGAAUAAUAUUGUUACGGUGGCUGAUAAACUAAAUGUACGUAUAAUGGUAGAUGCCGAACAAACGUAUUUCCAACCUGCGAUUUCGCGAUUAACGUUGGAAAUGAUGCGCAAGUACAAUACACAUAAGGCUGUGGUGUUCAAUACUUACCAGACAUAUUUGCAAGAAGCUUAUAAUGAAGUGAAAACGGAUCUCGAACAAGCUGAACGUCAGAACUUCUAUUUCGGUGCUAAACUUGUUCGUGGGGCAUACAUAGAACAGGAAAGAGCACGAGCGGCAGCUAUGGGUUAUCCGGACCCAAUAAAUCCUACGUAUGAAGCUACAACUGAAUCUUACCAUAAGACUCUUAUGGAAUGUUUAAGGCGGAUGAAACAGUACAAAGAUAAGGGAGAGGAUCCUAAAAAGAUUGGAAUUAUGGUUGCUUCUCAUAAUGAGGACACAGUGCGUUUUGCCAUUGAAAAAAUGAAGGAGAUAGGAAUCUCACCAGAGGACAAAGUGAUCUGUUUUGGUCAGUUACUAGGAAUGUGCGACUAUAUUACAUUUCCACUAGGCCAGUCUGGAUACUCAGCGUAUAAAUAUAUCCCCUACGGGCCAGUUCAAGAAGUAUUGCCAUACCUUUCUCGACGUGCCCAAGAGAAUCGAGGUAUACUUAAGAAAAUCAGGAAGGAAAAAAAUCUGCUGUUUAAUGAGAUUAUGAGGCGCGUCGUGAAGGGGCAAAUAUUUUACAAACCGAAAGGAAAUUAUACUCCCGUUUGAGCAGUUGGUCGUUUUGUUUGCACAGACAGAUUUUAAGCAUCAAACUUAAGUAGUGAUUGUAAAUUAUUAAAAAGAAAAAGAUUUGUGGUACGCAGAGCAACAACGCGAGCGCGUGUGUGAAUGGAAGUUAUAUGCAGUGUUAAUUAUUAUACAAAAUUGCCUUAGUGUGACAUUAUCAAGUGCAAACUGCUCAAUAUCGCACCAUGUGGUAGAACUACGUUCAUUGCUCGUUAUGUCCAUUAUCAGAAAACUCUCCAGUGAUAACGCUACGACUUUUAUAAAGAAGAAGCACAUUUUACGCUUUGUUAAUAAAUUUAUCGUGCUCAAUGCAGAUUACAUUGAACAAGUACAUUUUUUAAUAAUUCAUUUUAUAAAAAAGGAAAAAAGAGAUGAAAAUGACUUUUAAUAUUGUUCUUCUUUUUUAUAAAGAAUUUCUAUGAAAUAGCUCGCAGAGUAACGUCUAAUGAUAUUCUAAAUCAGGCAUAGUCAAGUAGUGGCUCGCCAGCCACAUUCGGCUACCAUCACUAUUUUUUUAUCCUACCGAGUUGUAGGGAAACAAACUCCACUCUAACUGUUUAUCUCUGCUGAUUUUAAUCGAUAUUGAACAUAUCUGCGUGUUACACGGGGUGAUUGGAUCUUUAUUACGUCCUUCCAGAUUACCUCAUAUUAGAAAUUUCUAAAUUUCUAAUCCUAGAUUUCCUAAUCCCCAUAAUUCCAAAUUUCUAAAUUUGAGAGUCUACUGAUUUGUAGAGAUAUGGACUGGCAGAUGGUAGUGGGGGACCGUGUAGCUGUCGUUGGGGAGUCCCUUGGUAAUGCCUGUUUUAAACGAAAGAAAAUUAUAACUUUAAAACAUAUUAGUCCUGUGUUUUAUACUUUAUUUAAGAAUCUCGCAGUGCAUGUUUGAUAAUUCGUUGACGUACAUACUUGCUGUUCAAAAAAAAAUAUCCAAAUUUCCAUACGAAAAUAUGCAAUCGUGAGACUAAAUCGAUGGCGUAUCAUUGUAUUUAAUUAAGCAAAUAUUCGUGUGGAAUAAAUAUUCAGUAAACUAGUUCCAUAUGCUAUGCGUAGUUACCAGGAAGGGAUAUUACCAAAGUGAUAGUAUUGGCAAAUUACGAAUUGUAGUAGAAUCUGUUUAACGGGAAGUGUUUGCACAUUAUUAAGAAAAAUGGCUCGCACUGUUUGUUGACGAAUAUGGCAAACAUUUUCAGAACAUUUUGUUAAAUUUCUUUGGCUGGGUGUUAACGAAGAGCCAUUUUUUGUGUGCAAUUAUUACGCAUGUUAAAUAAGUGUUAAGUAAUCUUAGGCUGAAACAAUGAUGAACCGUGACACUUGGAAUUGGAAACAAAUAGAGUUGCAUAAGUUUCUCAUUCAUUUCACUUUAGCCUAAAGUUGCUUUUCUUAACAGAUAUGAGAUAAUCCAUGAAUGUAUGGCGCUGUUCAGAGGGGAUGCGCCUUGUUUCUCAAUACAAUUCUUAAUCGUUUUUCUUUCUAAGAGAAACCAAAAAUAUCAAGGAAACUUUAUAAUUUAUAAACAAUAAAUUUUUGUCGAGUUUCAAUUCAUUGUUUUACAUAUCAAAUGACGAAUCCUGUGCUUUUGCUUGGCUGAAGUUUCAUUUAUUUAAAACAGAAACAUUUAAAUGAUGUUUCACAUUUUUAUUUUAUCAGCAAUGAAAAUAAUUCAACCUGUGGUGGAUAGUUUCCAAAGUAGUCCAAUAAUGUUUUGGAAUCUGAUCAUCAGUAUUUAGUUUUGUUUUUUUUAAUCAAAACAGAAUUUUUUUACUCAUUACUAUAAAGAUUCAAUCUUACGUCUGUUGUAAACAUCUUCUUCUAUAAGUUGUGUAAUAUACAGAGUGUACCAAUUCAGGUUCAUGAAACUUUAGAGCCUUACAAGAAAUGACAUUCUAAACAAUAAAGUUUUGGUAAAAAUAGGUCUGGAAAUGCUUACUUGAAAUAUUAUAGUUAAAAAAUUUGAAAAAUGUAGACUUUUCCAAAAUCUUGAAGUCCCAAGUUCCAAGUCCCAAAAUACAAAAAUCCCAAAAUCAACAAGGUCCAAUUCCAAAGUAAUAAUAAAUCUUACUGUUAUAAUAAAAAGUACUUGUAAUUAUUAUCUUUUGGAUGAUCUCAUUAAUCACCUUUUCCUGGAUAAACUUGAAAGUUGAUUUGUGAUGUCAUUAUGAUUCUGAUUGAGAUGGGUGUGGCCUCGAUUGCGGUAGCAUUUAAUGAUCUGCAGCGUUUCCUUAAAUAUGUUUCUUUCUAGAAUGACUAUUUCAGGAGUUAGUACAAUGUUUAAGAAAACUUAAGUUUUUCAAGUUUUUAACUAUAUAAUUUAAGUGAACAUUUCCGGACGCGCAUUUAUUAAAAUAUUUUCCUUUACAAUUUCAUUUCCUACAAGAUCCUGAAGUUCCAUAAACCUGAAAUGGAGCACUUUGUAUACGAAACGUACAAUUUUGUAAUCAUCUCUUGUGUUAUUACAUGUUGUAAGUGCGUUUAUGAUGUGUAUGUAGUCUGUAUUUUCAGUUGUCGAGAUAAGUAGACUAAAUCGUUUUUGAAAGAAGCUACAAAAUAUGUGAUUUUUGUUAAGAUUACGCAAAUCCCAGAAUCAUGUUACAUUUACAGUUUAGAGGGAGAUUUAAACGAUAAAUAAAGAGGCAUUGUUGAAGUUUA